UCUGUGUACUAUUGUUGAGUUUGUUGCAAAAAAAAAAUUGCCCCAAUUGUGUGCACUAAAUGUUUGAAGAUAUUGUGUAAUUGUUAAGCAUUGUUUUACGAACCGACGCCGUGCGCCCGCUUGCAUGGACUACGAUACUUUGACGCUGAAUGUGCCCGUGCCCGUGGCUAGAGCUGGAGGAACAGGAACCGAAACCGAAAGCGUAUCGAGCGCUGUCAGUGUGAACACAACUAGUUCGGAGCCGGACGCCAACAUGUGUGGUGGCCAGGAGCUGCUGGAGGUCAAGUCAAAAGAUAAGGCGCGUCGUUACUGGACGCCGCGCGAGGAGGAUCGUCUCUACGACAUAUGGGGACGCGAUAAUUGGCGAUUAACGCGCAACGGCAAGAACACCGUCUACUUUGCGAAGUGGUCGGACGAGCUGCGCGAGCGCUUCAACAUCGACGUGAAGGCGGAGGAGAUUCAGAUGAAGGUCAACCAAACCCGCGCCAAGUUUCGGAGUGUGCGAAAGGCUAUGAAGAACGACCCUACUGGGAGUGUCAGCGAUGCGAAACGUUGGAAGAAAUACAACAUUAUUGAUAGAAUACUCAGAAAUAUGCACAGGCCUAAAGAUGCGGACCCGGUGCCACCAGAGGCGCUGCUCAAUAACCGUGACAUGUCGCCGGAGCGCAUGGACACGCCCACAGAGCAGGGCGGCGCCGACAAUGUCAACGAGCAGGGUAUUAAUUUAUCGCUGGAGGCGUCAAAUAACUUUUAUAAUAAUAGCAACAGCAACAACAGUGGCAAUGCCAACAACAAUGGUGGCUACAAUACCGAACUCUUCACCGAUCAGUAUGACGAGGUGAAGCAGGAGUAUGAUGAGGUGAAACAGGAAUACGAGGAGGAAUUUCGCUCAAUGCCAUUUCAGGAACAACUGCAACAAUAUUCGCCUGCAGAGCCGGCACAGCUGCUCGAAUUGCAGACGCCAAAGCAACAGCAACAACAGCAGCAACAGCAGCAGCAGCAACAACAAUUUCAUUCAAACUAUGGACAAGGCGUUGUAGCGUACGCAGCUCCUACUCAACAGCCACAUCAACAGCAGCACUAUGGCAGCAACAAUGUCGCGCAUCAGCCCAUUACGGCCGUGGCGUACAUCAACAGCAGCAACAACAGCAUUAGUGUGGCAACCAACAGCAAUGGCAUGCAACCGCCUCUGCCUAUUGGCAACAACGCAGCCGCGCCGACAUCUACUCCCACAGCAGCGUCCACAGCAGCAGCCACAGCAUCAUCCACGCCAGCACCUACACCCACAGCCACUCCCACACCAACGCCACGCAAACGUGGACGUCCUUAUGGCUCCCAAACAGGGGCCAGUGCUGAUUCGCUCGAAGCCAUGUACAUGGAGGAGGUGAAGCGAAAAAAUCAACUGAUUGCCGAACAAACGCAAAUCUCGAAGCAACGGCUCGAGCUCGAGGAGCGCAAAGUGGAGCUAAUGAGUGCGUUUUUCCCCAAAUGCUUGGAGCUGCAGACGCAGAUAUUAUCGCACAUGCGGACGCUCCAACAGUUCCAGCAGCAGCACCAGUCCCAGUAACUAAAUUGUCUCAUCAAUUUAUCCCUUUGAAUUUACGAGUGGCAAGCGUUUUCAACAAUAGCAACAACAUGAAAACUAAUCUAAUUUUAUAAUUCUUAACUUAUUGUGUUGUGUUGCAGCGCCGGCAUCAAAAACAACUAUAAAAUGUACGAAUUAUAGCACACACUCUCACACAUACACACACCUACAAUACAAACCUAACAAUACGGUUCAUAAAUGUAAGCCUACACUUAGCUCUAACUAUAAAUAUAAUAUAUAUAUAUAUAUAUAAAUAAUUGUACAAGCGUUAUCGAAGUUCACCCAAACUGAACACAGCAUAGUAUUGUGACAAGCUGCUUUUCGAAAAAAACAAAAACAUUAUGUAUUCUGACUCCUUAGUGGUAGAUCAUUCGCAAUUAUAUUAAAUAUACAUUUAUAUCAUCAUGUUCGAAGCAUGUGACUUCGAAAACUUAAGGUCGUUAUAUCUGCCCAUUAAAC